AUGUUUCCGUCCACGUAUAUGAAGCCGGUAAUUGUCAGUGGAAAACCAACUGAAUCAGAUUUGUCAUCCGUCAUUACUCAUACAAAUCAUAUUGGUUUACGACAGCAUCUAGCAUCUAACAAUAAGAUAUUGCUGAAUGACGAUGCUGAUCUUAUUGCAGAAACAUAUGGCUUAUACAAUGUCAACGAUUUUACUAAAGAGCAUGAACGAAAUGUAAUUCUAUGUGGUUAUGACGGAUUUACCAAUACUUCUCGAACAACUGGAACGACAAUUAUUCACAUUGGCGAUAAGAGAUUGACAAUCACUAUUGCUACUACAGGUGGAAAGUUAAUGAAAAACAUGAAAAACUGGAUCAAUUUUACUGGAUUUGACGGCUCACAUAAUCGAUUUUUAUACAUGUCUAUUCCGAAGCUCGUAUACUCAAGACCCCAAAACUUUAUAGUUAAUAUAAACUCAAAAAAGAAUCCAUCAAUUACUCAUCUGUGCGUAAUCAUUCAUCUUUUUGGAACAGUGCGUACACUUUCAUUUUCUGCAGCUAUAUUCGAUCAGCCAUCAACACCAGUUGAUGAAGAUGAACAAACACAAACACAACAAAAUCCUUCUGCAAUGUUUACACUUUGGAAUCUGAUUGCGGAUUUAGUUGAAACACAGGAUCAAAAGCAGGAUCAACAGCAACAAAUCGUAGAUUUUUAUGCCAAAGCUGGAACAACAUUUCCUCGUUUAGCUUGUCUAAUGCAAUUAUAUUUUAAUGCUAUUGAAAUUCUUGAAAGAGUUAAAAACACUGUUGUUUUUGCUGAAGGUGAUAAUCAUGAUAUGAGUAUAAAUGAAAAUUUUGUAAACAGCGUAAAAAGUAUAAUUCAAAAAGAUUAUUACGCAUACAAUAAAACUUAUUUGCCAUGUAUUGAAAUAAAUCAGUCAUCGAUGGAUCCUAUAAUUAUUGUUGAAAAAGAAGCUUUGAUUGCUGCCUGGAAAUGGUAUGAUCAUCAUCUAAAUAUUGCUGCUAAGUUAUUUACAAUCGAUCCAGAGUUUCCUGGUAAGCCACUUUCGAUAUCCUCAUCAGUUUUAUCUAGACAGAAAACAUUAAAACAAUUAAUCAUGCUGUUGGAUUUCAAUAUUUUCCCGGUAUCAUCUAUUAGUGUUAAACAUCCUGUUACAGGUCAAACUGGUAUAAUUAAAAAUAGGCCAGCAUUAGGCGAACGAGCACUUCAAGAAUUAUUAGAAGAUAAUUUGCUUAAAUUUAAUUAUUUUUUAACUGAUAUUCGUGGCAGAAAUAUCAAGUCUUAUAUGAAAAUACCAAUACCAUCAAUUAAUGAUGAAACACGCGAACAAUUCGUUACCAAUCUUUUGAAACAUGAAAUAAAUAUAGAUGAGUACUAUUCAAUUUAUGAGAAGUCCGCGAUUCCAUUAAAUAACAAUUUAUCAAAAUUAGCAUUAGAGAUUUUUGAAUAUACUAGUUCUUUUGUAAACCAAUACGCAAAAUACAAAAACCAAUUGAACGUUAUAAUUAAAAAACAUGUUGAAAACCGUUAUAUUGAAGAAACUGAAGAUGGACAUUUCAUUAUCAAAGAUCAGAAUGUAUUUGCUCUUCAAUUUCAUGACAUUGAAAAUCUGGUUUUAGGGCAGCGACAAGAACAAAUAAACAAUAGAGCUUUAUUGAGUAUAACAAAUCAGCCUAUUUCUAGUCGAAUAACUAAAUCUACAAAAGAACUAAAAAGGACUACAGCGAUUGAAGUCGACAAAUCUUAUAGUGUAGUUGCAAAGAAUUGUGAGAGACAAAGUCAGGAAUUACCAGAUGUUUUAAUCGAUCAACCAGAUAUUGAUACAGCUGAAGCAUUUGUGUCUAACGAAAAUGAACUAUCAAGUGAUUUUGAUGAUUCAUCAAUAGCUACCGUAGAAAAACAAAUAAAUGUUCGUGAAUCGCUUUUGAGUGGUACUAUUGAAGAUGAAACUUGUGCUAUAUCAACACAAAAGACUAUACAGGAAGCAGCAAGUGUAUAUGGUAAAGGACCAGAGCAAAUGGUCAAAAAGGCUAUGCAAAGUAUAAUGGGUGGUAGAUCUGUAAUUUACACAAAAACUGAUUUAACUCAAAUUUGCAACAAAUCAGCUAUUAGGCUUGAGGCUGUAAAACGUUUAGUUGCAGCUAAUCUACUUGAACAUGGAAAUGAUUUUUGGAUUGAACCGAGUCGUACUAAAAAAGAACUAAAGAAACCUGCUAAACGAAUAUUAAGAGAAGGAUGGUUAAAAAAAGUACCAGAAUCUGAAUCUAAUGCAUCAAAAUUUCGAUUCAUUCAAAUGCUACAAGAAAAUGUGAAUAUAACUUAUGAAGACUAUCUAAAAACAUUUUAUCCUAACCAGGACGAAAAUGUCUUUUCGCAUAACAAUUGGACUUUAUCAGAUGAGCUAAUCGAAAUAAUCAAUUCAAACACUUUUUAUUUAAAUCAUGUUAGAUGGAAUAUUCAACGUUUUCGGCCUUCUGAUAUUACAAGGAGUGUAGUAGAUGCUGAAGAUUCAAUAAAUAUAGAGGAACCACACAUGAAUAAUUCAGCAACUCAAGAAACACUCGAACAGCAAAUAAUUAUGAAUAAUAAUGACGCAGGUAUACUAGCUCAUGUUUUACCAAGAUCAACAUGUUCAAAACGAAAAGCUGAAAUUAAUGUCAAUGUCCAUGAGCGUCAAAUGCGAACACAACCAAGGAGAAUGAAAAAAAACUAA